UCGGCCGAACCUCAGCACGCGUUUGCCAUACUAUAAUAUCAGCUAAUAUACAUCGCGUGAUACCUAAGUGCAACUCGUUUACGAAAUAUAUAACAAAAUAAUAUACUUAUUCGAUUCGGCGGUGUAUUUUAUAUUUUUAUUUUUCGUCGUCAUAUUUAUUGGAUUUUUUGUAACAAUGCCGUACGCACUCAGUGCGCCACCGUCCGAUGAAAUGUAUUUUCAAUAACGUAUAUUUCAUAUAGCUAUCCUAUUGGUAUAUUAUACGUAUACAAAACCAUACUUUAAACAGUGCCUAUCGUAGAUAAUAGCUAGGAGACCACGUCGUCGUAUGUGAAUUUUAGUCGACACAAACGCAUACAAUGGAACAAUUUUGGCAUGGUUUGUUGAUCAGUUGCUUCUUCACGGCGACGGUAUGCAGUUCGGAGGACACGAUACCAAGUCGAGUAGUUCCAAAUUCUGACGAAUAUCAAGACGAAAUCACCGCUGCCGAAGAUCACGAACACCAUCGGAUUAUCAUCGUGGUGCCCAAAGAAGUGCCACAGCACGUGAAUCACGUGCACACGUACAAGCUGGCCGGCAAAGGCAUACCGCUUAUCCACUCCGGCAAAGUGGUGCACGAUCACAAGCACAGCGGCAAGGUGGCGCACGAGCACGGGCACGCGGGCAAAUCCACACACAGCCACAAGCACAGCGGCGCGUACGGCCACCAGCACAAGCACCUCGGGUACAUGGGUCACAAGCACUUCGGCAAAGUGGGCGUCGUCGGGCACGGGCACAAGUCGGUUCAGCAGCCGCCGCGCCAUUCGCCGCUCGACCACCACAACCGCGGCCACCAUCCAUUGCUGCACAACGCCGCACACCAGUUGCACUUUCAGCAGCUACAGCAGGCCGGUGACUACCUGGUACAACAGCACGGUAACGCGGGCGGGAGCAGUGGCGUGUUGCAGCAGGGCGGCGGGCGUAGGCCCGCGUCCGGUGGCCACAUACAGUUCGUGCCGUCGUCCAAGCCUCGUGGCCUGGGGUCGUUCAUGCCAGCCGAGAUCCAACAGUACGUGCAGCACGGCGCGGUCGUCCAACAGCAUCAGCAGUUGCAACACCAACAGUUACAGCAACACCAGCAGUUGCAGCACCAGCAGUAUCGUCAACAACAGCAGCAACAACAGCAGCAACAGCAGCAGCAGCACGUGGAAUACGACGAUGACGAGAGCGGUGGUGGCCGUAGCGCACAGCCACCCGCUUACAACGUGAUACACUUGCGGGUGCCCGACCACCACGAACCGAAUGUCGUCAAGCACGUGGACAUCGACUUGAUCAACAACGUGGCCAAACUGCAGACCAGCGAAAAGCAACAGCCAGUCACCGCAAAUUUCAAGUCGGUGACGCAGUACAACAAGGUUAUCGGACACGGGCGCGCCGUGGCCGCUGCCAAUGUCGAGGACGAGUUCGACGCGCAGACCGAUGACGAGGACGUGGGCGGCGAGCUGUUGCUGGAAGAUGUGGGUUACCGGUUCGGCGAGGGUUACCGGCUGGCGAUGGACACGGGAGCCCGCGACUUUUCCGCCGCUCAGGAACAGGACGAGGAGGAGGCGGACGAGUCGUUCAAGGAACCUUUGGCCGGCGUGGAUGACGAACCCUCCGACGGCAGCAAUAACGCCUACAGCCAGACGUACAGCUUACAGUUUUGAACUUUUACCACCGAUAUUUUUCUCGCAUAAGAUUUUGUUAUAGUUUUGUAGCUUUUAAUUUUUUUUUAUCUGUAUAAAUUAUUUUUUGUUGUUUUUGUUACUAUUUUUGCUUUUGAUUUUGUUUCAAGUAUAGACUUAUGUUAUGCGUGUCUUGUGUAAUCAUAUUUUACGCAUGGAUAAUAUAAUAUAA